AACUCAAGAAUUGUAUCUUUUUUAAACGUAAACACAUAUUUUCCAAUUGUAGAUUCACUUAUAUUCGAUCUUUGGAAACAGGACGACUCUUCUUUUUUUAUUUCAACAAAGGCGUGCAAAGAAGUAGAAAAACUAAUCAAAAACAGGAACCUGGUUAUUGUUGCUGGUCACUCUGGAUCCGGAAAGUCAGCCAUUAUUCAACACAUUGCACUCGAAUACAGAGAACAGGGCUGGACCGUAAGACGAGUAAAAAAGGUAGAAGACAUCGUGGAUGAAUAUUCUUCAAGUCGAUUUAAAAAAAAUAAAACCAUUUGUGUUUUUAAUGAUCCAUUAGGAACAGAAUUUUUUGAUGAAGUGUUGUAUAAUUCAUGGCAAAGAUAUAAAGAAGAAGUAAAUGCAUACCUAAAAACAGCAAAAUGUGUGAUGUCGUGUAGAAAUCACAUUAUUUGUGAUGCUAGAGUGACAGGUUAUCUCACGAAUCAAUCACAUAUCGUAAACAUUGAUGAUAACAAAAAUAAGUUAUCCCUUGAGGAAAAGAGGCACAUUUUAAACAAAUAUACAUCCGAUAAGAACUUAUCCAAAAAAGAGUGUGAUGAGAUUGUUAAAAAAGAAAAGUAUUUCCCGUUAUUGUGUAAAUUGUAUUCUCAGAAAGAGGAAUACGAAAAUAAGGGUAUAGACUUUUUUACAGAACCCGUAGCAGUGCUGAAAGAGGAAAUACUAUGCUUCAGAAAAAGAGACAAGGGUAAAUAUUGUGCGUUGGCGCUCCUUGUUCUUUUUAACGAUGAUCUUCGUGUAGAUGAUCUUUUAAAGAUAGAUAAAGACAUGGAAAACAAAUUUAAGCAUACGUUAAAACUUUGUGGAUUACCAGAGAACACGCCACCUUUAGAUAUUGGAGACAUUCUUAACUCUAUGAAAGACUUUUAUGUCAAAAAGAUUGAGGAUACGUACCAUUUUUAUCAUGAUUUUGUGAUGGAAGUUACAACUUAUAUGUUUGGAACAGAUUAUCCCACUGUAACAAUAAAAUACGCCGACAUCGGCUUUCUCAGAAGAAGAGUAAAGUUAGGAAAUUGUAACGAACACGACGAAUCGUUCACUAUUUAUCUGAGUGACGAAUACAUUGAAGAUCUUGGAGAAAGGCUGUAUACUGAACUGUUUGGAGAACGUCUUGUAGAUGUUGUACUCAAUCCUUGUUUAAGGAAUGAAAAAGUAAUUGAAGUACUUGAAAAAAAGACGGCAAAUCAUCCCGAAAAUCUUCAAAUGUUACUAGAAGCAAAGAAAUUAAAGUUUGAUGAACAGGAAUUCGAUCAAACAUCUAAAGAUUUCUAUUUUUCUAAACUUAACUUUUUGAAACCAGAUACAAGUUUGGAAAAUGAAGUAUCGCCACUUUUUGCUCUUAUUGUAUUUUGUCAUUCUAAACUAUCACAAUGCUGUGUAAAUAUUCUACAACAAAACCAAAUCGAUUUUACCAGAGUUAACCUGAUUUCUGCAAUGUGUUGCAAUGGGUCAGUAGAGUUAUUUAAUAAUGUUUUAAAAGACCAUGCAGAAGAAUCUUUCAAAAGGAAAUGGGGAGAUCUCUACCCUAUACACAUUUUAUCUGUGUUCCAUAAUCAUGAUUUACUUCAAACGCUGAUUAAGAAAGGUUUAGAUGUCAAUCAAAAGACAAGCGAUCAAAUUUGUAUGACUCCCCUUAUACUAGCUGCUUUUAACGAUACCCAGGGAUACGAAUACUACAAACAUGGAGAGGAAGGUGCAAACCAUAGAGACGAAACUGUAAAAGUUUUACUGAGUAAUGGAGCAGACAUAAAUUUAUGUGAUAAGGACGGCGCCAGUCCUCUCCAUGGAGCUUGUGAAAACGGACAUGAUAGCACUCUACAACUUUUACUGAAUAAUGGAGCAAACAUCAAUUUGUGUGAUAAGGACGGAACCAGUCCUCUCUAUAUGGCUUGUCAAUACGGACAUGAUAGCACUGUAAAACUUUUACUAAGUAAUGGAUCAGACAUUAAAUUAUGCAAGGAAGACGGAUCCAGUCCUCUCCAUAUGGCUUGUUUUAACGGACAUGAUAGCACUGUACAACUUUUACUGAGUAAUGGAGCAGACAUAAAUUUAUGUGAUAAGGACGGCGCCAGUCCUCUCUAUGAAGCUUGUGAAAACGGACAUGAUAGCACUCUACAACUUUUACUGAAUAAUGGAGCAAACAUCAAUUUGUGUGAUAAGGACGGAACCAGUCCUCUCCAUAUGGCUUGUUUUAACGGACAUGAUAGCACUGUACAACUUUUACUGAGGAAUGGAGCAGACAUUAAUUUACGUAUGAAAAACGGAUCCAGUCCUCUCUAUGUAGCUUGUGAAAACGGACAUGAUAGCACUCUACAACUUUUACUAAGUAAUGGAGCAGACAUUAAAUUAUGCAAGGAAGACGGAUUCAGUCCUCUCCAUAUGGCUUGUUUUAACGGACAUGAUAGCACACUACAACUUUUACUGAAUAAUGGAGCAAACAUCAAUUUGUGUGAUAAGGACGGAACCAGUCCUCUCUAUACGGCUUGUCCAUACGGACAUGAUAGCACUGUAAAACUUUUACUAAGUAAUGGAGCAGACAUUAAAUUAUGCAAAAAAGACGGAUCCAGUCCUCUCCAUAUGGCUUGUUUUAAAGGACAUGAUAGCACUGUACAACCUUUACUGAGUAAUGGAGCAGACAUUAAUUUACGCAUGAAAGACGGAUCCAGUCCUCUCUAUGUAGCUUGUCAAAACGGACAUGAUAACACUGUACAACUUUUACUAAGAAAUGGAGCAAACAUUAAUUUAUGUGAUAAGGACGGAUCUAGUCCUCUCCAUAUGGCUUGUUUAAACGAAGAAGAUAGCACUGCACAACUUUUACUGAAUAAUGGAGCAGACAUUAAUUUAUGUGAUGAGGACGGAACCAGUCCUCUCGAUAUUGCUUCUCAAUUCGGACAUGAUAGCACUGUACAACUUUUACUGAAUAAUGGAGCAAACAUCAAUUUGUGUGAUAAGGACAGAACCAGUCCUCUCCAUUUUGCUUCUCAAAACGGACAUGAUAGCACUGUACAUAUUUUACUGAGUAAUGGAGCAGUCAUUAAUUUAUGUGAUGAGGACGGAGACAGUCCUCUCUAUGUCGCUUGUCAAAGCGGACAUGAUAGCACUGUACAAAUUUUACUGAGCAAUGGAGCAGACAUUAAUUUAUGUAAUGAGUACGGAACCAGUCCUCUUUGUAUAGCUUGUCAAAACGGACAUGAUAGAACUUUACAACUUUUACUAAGUAAUGGAGCACAAAUUAAUAUAUACAUUAAUUUAUGUGAUGAGAACGGAUUCGGAGCCAGUCCUCUCUAUAUAGCUUGUGGACAGGGACAUGAUAGCACUGUUUCAAAAUAUUAUCCCCUUAAAAAUAUUUUCGAUGGAAUUGGAGAUAUUUUUGCUGGAAUUGCGCGUAUUGUAAAUGGUGGUAAAGUUCCUCCAAGUGGUGCUAAAGCUGGAAUAGGAGGUGCAAGAGCCGAAUUUGGAGGUGCAAGGGCCGAAUUCGGAGGUGCAAGAGCUGAGAUAAAGGGUGCUAAAGCUGAAUUUGGAGGUGCAAGCGCCGAAUUCGGAGGUGCAAGAGCUGAGAUAAAGGGUGCUAAAGCUGAAUUUGGAGGCGUGGGAGCUUCACUAGCGGGAAAACGAAAACGUUCUGUGAAGUAG